AUGUCAUUUGCGGAAGUAGAGGAAAACGCCGCAUCAUCUACGACAAAUAGUGAAGAAUUUGAAGAUGCUCAAGAUGAGUUACGACCACUUCCGGAACGUUCCACAUUAAUAGUUGGUACCGGCCGUGGCAGUAAUCAUCCGUCACGACGUGAUGAUUUAUCGAUCGAAAGUGCAAUAAGUGAUACGUUGAUCAGCAACACAACACAGUCUGGAAAUAAUCCAACUUCACCUAUUUCUUCAUCGUCAAAAGAUGGUGUAAUAGCAGAUCGUCGAUACCGUUUAGAUGCUUUACGGAAUCGGAUGACAAAUGAAUUUGGAUCAGGACAUAAUUUGCUGAACAUUGGCGGUGGUAGCUGUUACACCGAUGACGACGCCGGUUCAGUUAGCGAAAGUGCCUCUUUGGCAUCCUGGGGACGUAAUCUGCUUAUACAAGCUCCGUAUACGAAGAUGAAAUUGGUGUAUCCGGCUGAUACAAUAAGCACGAAGGCUUUUUCCAGCCAUCAAAAUCUAAGCAGCGGAACGGACUCGUUCUCGCAAAACGCUAAUUCCGAUAACAGCAAUGGAUCGCCGAAUGCGGAGUCAGCACCACCACCUUGUUCUCCAACAUCAUCAUUAACGAAAAUUCCGAGCGAUAAUAUUUCCUUUGGUGUGAAGCUCCCACCUCCUAGUAGUAUUCCUCCGCCACUACCACCAAGAAAGCCGUGCGGAAGACUCCCUAAUGCCCUUUCACCUCAACAAGUGGAUUCACUUAUAGGAAAACGAAUAUCACCAACGAAAGAAGUGGAAGAAGCAAAGAUUGAUACAGCCAAUUUAUCAUUACAUACCAUCAAGUCAGACAAACCAUUUAAAAAGGAUUCUGUUUCAAUGGUUGAUGGUUUUGCCCGAUUGCGUGGACAUGCAAAGACAAAUUCGCUGGAUCGUGGAUUAAGUUUGGCAAAAAGCAUGAAAUCAGGUCCAUUUCCACCACGUAGUGACAAAAGUAAUUCCCUAAAACGUGAAUAUUUUGCUGAUUCUCCAUGCAGUUCACCCUAUUUAUCUUUCGAUGGAGGAGAAGAAGAUCUAAGGAACAGCGAUGCUCAGGGCGUUAUUCAUCAAAUCACCUCUUCAAUACUCAAUGAACCACUAAAAGAAGAAAUAUUAACAUUGGAAUCACCUGUGCAUGAUGUUUCAAGUGGUCGUUUAUCAUCAGUUGGAGAAGAAUUUUCUACCACCUCUUCAAUUUCCACUUCCUCUCCAAAAAGAUCAAUUUUAAACGAUGGCAGGGUAACUGAUGAUGCUUCUCAGGAUAAAUUAUAUAAAUUACAAAUUACAAUCCCAAAGUCUACCUGCCAUUCAAAAAUGGAUUCAGAUUCGUCGUCGAAAGAUCUUGCGGUUACAGAACAUUCGGAACCAUUAUCGGAGCAAGUUUCGAUAGGAGACAACUGUACCGCACAAAGUGCUCAAACUGAAUAUUCAGAUCCAAUAACUCGUGAUGUGGAAAGACGUAUGAGCAUGAAAGGACACCAGCAGACUUCUGGAGAGUUGGAAGAUAGUCCUUCUUCACAUGCAGCUCCAUCGUCGAACAGUUUUGGACGAGCAGCGGAAUUCGUUAAAGGAUAUGGAACUUAUGCAUCUGAGCUUUUUCGUGGUGCUUUUUUACGAGCAAAAAGUGUCGUAUCUUCAGGAUCAACAUCAAAAUUUCCUAAAGAAGACGAUGAAAGUUGUAAUGAAAGUGAUCGUGAAGAUUCUUCCAUAGCUGAGGGUACUCCAAUUGUGCGGCCAAGGAAUUCCAAGAAAGGACCAUUUGAUUUUGAUGGCACACGCUGCUACCAAGAGCUUAACAACGAGCAUACGGGCGCUGUAUGGUGCAUGAAAUUUUCAUUAUGCGGACGUCUAUUGGCUACGGCUGGUCAGGAUAGUAUAAUACGGGUUUGGGUGCUGCGCAAUCAUUUAUCAUAUUUCAAUGCCUUACGUGAUCGUUACAAUUCACAUUCUAAGAAAAUUUCUAUGACUGUAGGAGAAAAUAUGUUGCAAAAUCCGAUACAAGAUAUUGAAAAUGAUUUGCGUUCUUCUUCCACUACGCUUGGCGAAAGCGCAGGAUCAUCCACAUCACACGAUGAUGAAAGUAACUCCGUAACGACUGCUUUAAUGGCAUCAAAACCAUUAUGUACAUAUAGGAGUCAUACUGCUGAUGUAUUGGAUUUGUCAUGGUCUCGUAAUUACUUUAUCCUGUCGUCCGGAAUGGAUCGUACAGUUAAAUUGUGGCAUCUUUCUCGUCCAGAAUGUCUUUGUUGUUUUCAACAUAUGGAUUUUGUUACAUGCAUUGCUUUCAUGCCAAAGGAUGAUCGAUAUUUUCUUUCUGGAUCACUGGAUGGUAAACUUCGUCUUUGGCACAUACCGGACAAGAAAGUAGCCUUAUGGAACGAAGUGGAGCAAGUAAAAUUCAUAACAGCUAUCGCAUUCGCCAAAAAUGGGAAGUUUGCUGUAGUGGGUACAUACGAUGGUCGUUGUUUUUUCUAUACAACUGAUCAACUCAAGUAUCACACUGUCAUUGAUGUCAGGUCAACUCGAGGCAAAAAUGCCAGAGGGCAUAAAGUGACAGGUCUAGCUGUUCAUGGAGACAAAUUAUUGGUCACUUCAAAUGAUUCACGUAUUCGCAUGUAUGACUUGCGAGAUAUGGCCCUUACUUGCAAAUUUAAGGGUGCUCAGAAUGAGAGAAGUCAGAUUCGAGCUUCUUUAUCACCUGAUGGUAAGCAUAUUGUCUGUGGAAGUGAAGAUCGUUUUAUUUAUAUUUGGACAACUGCUGAUUUACCAUCCACAUUAUCUGUCCGCAAAGAUCGAAACGAUUCGUGGCAACGUUUGCGAGGUCACUCGGCAUGUGUAACAGUGGCAAUAUUUGCACCUCGUCCACAGCUCUUUUUAAACCUUCUGGAGCAACGUCGCAGCGGUGAUGAUAGGAGUGAACAAUCGAAACCUAGCAAAAAUAUAUCAGAUCGGCAAAUUCACGGUGAUGUCAUUAUUUCAGCGGAUUUGAAUGGUUCAAUUCGUAUUUUUGUGAAUCGUACAAAGAUCAAAGCUGGCUCGUCGAAUUUUUUUCCCACUGAUUAG